ACAAGCUGGAAUAAUGACAUAGUUCGCGCUAGGUGCACGCGCCAUUCCCCAAAUAUGUUUAUUGCCUUUUAACGUCCCCUCCCCCCCCCUUUUUUUUUUUGGCCGGCCUUUAGCUAUUCCAGGGUUGGGAGGCGGAGGAGAGAGACAGACAGAUAGACAGAGGCUGGCUCUGCUGGCGGAAACUUGCUCCCGCCAUUGGCGACGCUCCCUCCUCUCCUCCGAAGGCCAAACAAAGCGAGAGGGACGGGAGCGACGGCUCCUCGGAGAAGGGGAGUCCUCGGCUGCUGCAAUCCCUGCCGCCGACAGCUCCGUGGAGAGUAACGAAAGCACCCUUCCCGGCGGGAAGCUUAAGGCGUCUCGGUCUUUUUUUUUUUGGUCUCGCGGGCGCCGAAAGGCCCGGGUUGACGAGAACCAGCCGCGGCGACGAGCCCUCGUAUACAUCCCCCCCACUGCGUGCAGCUCAGCCGCGGCCGGGCGGGCUUGAGGUGUUUCUCGCCCGGCGUGGUCAAUUAUUGAGGAACUAAUCAGCAAGAGCUGCGGGUGUCAGAUGUCCCUUGCCUGUUGACCCACGACGCAGCGCAUGCUGUGGUGAUCGUGUGACAAGCUGUCUUUUGGUCGAGGUGUACAUCUCCGGUUGCCUGAGACGGUGCCUGUCUAAGUGGGGGGCUUCAUGGAUGCAAAAAUGUCUACAGAUGCUUCAAGACAAAAAGGAGUGUGGCGACAAACAAGAGCUCUUUUUUAUAAGAAUUGCUUAGUUAAAUGGAGAACCAAGAAGAGUAGCGUUCAGGAAAUACUGCUUCCACUUUUCUUUUUAUUCUGGCUAAUAUUAUUGAGCAUGAUGUAUCCAAACAAGAAAUAUGAUGAGGUACCUGAUUCUGAUCUUUAUUCUGUGGAUCACUCUAUUAUCUCUGAGUUUGUUGUUGGCUACACACCUGUGAACAAUGUGACGAGAAAAAUCAUGCACAAAAUGUCUGCAGAAUAUUUUACAGAAGGAAUCAUUACUGAAGAAUUUCUAACUGAGCAAGAAAUGCAAGAGGCUACAUUUCGUAGUCCCCAAAACUUUGUGGGUGUAAUUUUUAAGGAUUCUAUGUCCUAUCAACUCAGAUUUCCUCCUACAAAAGUUCCUGUUUCUGCAAUUCAUGUGGAAUCAAGAGCCAGUUGUCCAAAUCCUUCCAAGAUAUGUGAAGCUGAAACCUACUGGCGGUAUGGAUUUACAGCUCUCCAGAUCUGUAUUGAUGCAGCCAUUAUUCAGCUGAAGACUAAUCACUCAAUUUUGGAAGAACUAGAACAAACAAAAGCUGUCAUGAUGGGAGAAUCUGCUAUUUUGGAAAUAGAUAAUUUUCCUCGUGCAAUCAUUCUGAUUUACUUAGUGGUUGCCUUUUCGCCUUUUGGUUAUUACUUGGCAAUCCAUAUUGUGGCAGAAAAAGAGAAGAAAUUAAAAGAAUUUUUAAUGAUAAUGGGCCUUCAUGACACUGCCUUUUGGCUUUCUUGGGUCCUACUGUACACCAGUCUGAUAUUUGUCAUGUCUCUUCUUAUGUCGGUCAUUGCAACAUUUUCUUCGCUUUUCCCCAAAAGUAGCAGCUUUGUGAUAUUUCUUCUUUUUUUCCUGUAUGGAAUAUCCUCCGUUUUCUUUGCAUUCAUGUUGACUCCUCUUUUCAAAAAAUCAAAACAUGUUGGUACAGUUGAGUUUUUGUCAACCCUGGUUUUUGGUAUUGUGGGUCUAACAAUUUUCCUGGUAGAGGAUAUUCCAAAAUCCUUUGUGUGGCUGGUAAGCCCUCUGUGUCAAUGCACAUUUUUAAUUGGUGUUGCACAGGUUAUGCACUUAGAAGAUUAUGAAGAAGGAGUUCAUUUUUCAAAUUUAACUUAUGGACCUUAUCCAUUAAUUAUUGCUAUAUUGCUCCUAGCUCUUGACAGUGUGCUUUAUAUACUAUUAGCAGUUUACUUGGAUCAGGUUAUUCCAGGAGAAUAUGGAUUGCGUAGACAUUUUUUUUUCUUUCUCAAGCCUUCAUUUUGGUCAAAGAGAACAAAAAAUUACAAAGAAUUGUAUGAAAGCAAUAUUAAUGGGAAUUUAGAUUUCAAUGAGAUCAUUGAACCCGUAUCAUCAGAGUUUCAAGGAAAAGAAGCUAUCAGAAUCAACUGUGUCCAGAAAUCUUUUGUUAAAAAAGGUGAAACUGUGGAGGCUUUAAAAAAUUUAUCCUUUGAUAUAUAUGAGGGCCAGAUUACAGCAUUACUUGGACACAGUGGAACAGGCAAAACAACAUUAAUGAACAUUCUUUGUGGAUUGUGCCCACCUUCUGAUGGAUUUGCAUCGAUCUAUGGAUACAGAGUUUCUGAAAUUGAUGAAAUGCUGGAUGCCAGAAAGAUAACUGGAGUAUGUCAACAAAUAGAUGUCUGUUUUGAUGUAUUAACUGUGGAAGAAAAUUUGUCAAUAGUUGCUGCAGUUAAGGGAAUACCUCCCAAUUAUGUGAUACAAGAGGUCCAAAAGAUUUUAUUGGACUUGGAUAUGCAGCCCAUUAAAGAUAACCAAGCAAAAAAACUAAGUGGUGGACAGAAAAGAAAGCUGUCAAUUGGAAUUGCAAUUCUUGGUGAUCCAAAGGUGUUACUCUUGGAUGAGCCGACUGCUGGUAUGGAUCCAUGCUCCCGACAUACAAUUUGGAACAUCUUGAAAAACAGAAAAGCCAACCACGUGACAGUGUUCAGUACACAUUUCAUGGAUGAAGCAGACAUUCUUGCAGAUCGGAAAGCUGUAAUUUCUCAAGGAAUGCUGAAAUGUCUUGGAUCUUCCCUUUUCCUGAAGACAAAAUGGGGAAUUGGCUAUCGUUUGAGUAUGCACAUAGACAGGUAUUGUAACACAGAAGCUACAGCAUCUGUCAUCAGACAGCACAUCCCUGGAUCAAGUUUGCUAAAACAGAAUGAAGAACAGCUGAUAUAUGCAUUACCAUUUAAAGAUAUGGACAAAUUUUCAGCGCUGUUUGCUGAUCUAGAUACCCAUGCUCAUUUGGGUGUUAUUUCUUACGGUGUUUCCAUGACAACCUUGGAGGAUGUUUUCCUCAAGCUGGAAGCCGAAGCAGAGAUUGACCAAGCGGAUUUUAGUGUAUUCAACUCAGAAAAUGUAGAAGAAGAAAUGGAUACAAAAUCUACUGAUGAAUUAGAGCAAAGCCUACUAAUGCUCUCUGAAGUAAAAUCUUGUGUAGUGAACAGAAAGUCUCUCUGGAAAAAACAAGUCACCACUAUGGCAAAGGUUCAUUUCCUGAACUUAAAACGUGAAAUUAAGUCAGUGACAGUGGUAUUUUUGUUAUUUACAGUGUUUCUUCUUGUUCAAAUUUUUAUGUUUGUUGUACAUCACUAUUUCAAAAAAGCUGUAGUCCCUAUACAGCUGUCUCCAAAUUUAUAUUUUCUUAAGACCAACGAAACAUAUGACAAGUACAAAACCAGUCUCCUCAUUCAAAACUCCACUGGGUCAAACAUCGAUGACUUAAUUAGUGCUCUUAGAAACCAGAAUAUACUGACAGAGGUACUCAAUGACAGUGAUUAUGAAUCAGCAGAUUUCCACAGUACAGCAUUAAACAACAGUAGAUAUGUGUCAUUUGCCCCACAUAGUGCAGCAUUACAUGUAUUUAAAGUAGACAAGAGUUAUACCUUUACAGCUGCUUUUAAUCGCACCAUGAUACAUUCUUUACCUGUUAUGAUGAAUAUUAUUAGCAACUUCUAUCUAUACAGUUCAAACAUAACUGAAAAGAUCCAAGUUUGGAGUAACCCUUUCUUUCAAGAAAUCACUGACACAGUUUUCACUCUUGUGCUGUAUUUUGAAGCUGUCUUACUAGGAGUUCUUGUCACUGGAAUGCCAUCGUAUUUUGCCAUGGAGAAUGCAGAAAACCACAAGAUCAGAGCUUACACCCAACUUAAAAUCUCUGGACUUUAUCCUUCUGCUUAUUGGUGUGGACAAGCACUAAUUGAUAUCCCAUUAUUUUAUAUAAUUCUUCUUCUUAUGGUAGGAAGUUUAUUUGUAUUUCAUCAUGGAGUUUAUUUUUUUCCUGAAAAGUUUCUUGCUGUGAUUUUUUGCCUUAUUGGCUACAUACCAUCCGUUGUUAUGUUUAAUUAUAUUGUCUCCUUCAGCUUUAAUGCCAUACAAAAUACCAAAGAAUUUUGGUCAUUUAUUUUUUCAGUGGCUGCUUUAGUUUGUUCUGUUGUCAUCGAAGUGGCCUUCUUUAUGUGGUAUUAUACAACAGCUGCUGUUCUUCAUGUUUGUUUUUCUAUUUUUGUUCCCAUCUAUCCUCUCAUUGGGUGUCUCAUUUCUUUUAUAAAGAUAGUGCGGAAACUGGAUAACAAGAUGGAGAAACAUUCAGAAAGAUUGUUGAUUUCUGUUGUAGCGCCAUAUUUGCAAUGUGUAGUUUGGCUCUUUCUUCUGCGUUAUCUUGAAAUGAAGUGUGGGGAGAAGUCGGUAAGAAAAGAUCCAUUUUUCAGAACAUCUAUGAAGCCCAAGCCCCGGAAACUCCCGGAUGUGCUGCACGAUGAGAAUGAAGAUGAAGAUGUUACAGCAGAGAGGCUGAGGGUUAAAGAAUUGAUCACUUGUCAAAGCUGUGAGGAGAAACCAGCAGUUUUAGUCCACUGUUUGCAGAAAGAAUAUGAUGAAAAGGGUGAUUUUCUUCUUGGAAGAAAAAUAAAGAAAGUGGCAACUAAUUGUGUAUCCCUAUGUGUAAAAAAAGGGGAAAUACUGGGAGUGCUAGGUCCAAAUGGAGCUGGAAAAAGUACGCUAAUAAGUAUUCUGGUGGGAGAAGUUGAACCAAAUUCAGGCCAGGUGCUGAUGGGAGACUUUAAUUCAGGUGAUGAUAAUGAGGAUGAAUCCAUGAGGUUUGUGGGGUACUGUCCACAGACAAACCCACUUUGGCCUGAAAUCACAUUACAGGAACAUUUUGAAAUAUAUGGUGCGAUCAAAGGAAUGAAGGAAAGUGACUUGAAAGAAGUCAUAAAAUGCCCUUUAAUUAGUAUGAUGAAAAACAUGAUAUCUAUUAUGUUUGAUAGGAAAGCCAUCCGAGCAGCCUUUAAAAGUAAAAAGAGAGCAGCUAUUCUGACUACUCAUUACAUGGAAGAAGCAGAAGCUGUGUGUGAUCGAGUGGCUAUCUUGGUGUCUGGAAAAUUGAGGUGCAUUGGUACAGUUCAACACCUCAAGACUAAAUUUGGCAAAGGAUAUUUCUUAGAAAUGAAAUUAAAAGAAGUUCCAGAUUUACAGAUGAAGGAACAGCUCCAAAGGGCAGUUUUGCGUAUCUUUCCCAAUGGAAGACCUCAGGAAAGUUUUAGGUCAAUUUUAUCAUACAAAAUCCCAAAGGAAGAUGUCCACUCACUUGCCCUGUCUUUUUCCAAACUUGAGGAAGCAAAACAUGCCUUUAAUAUUGAAGAGUACAGCUUUUCUCAAGCAACCCUUGAACAGGUUUUCGUGGAACUUGCCAAAGAGCAAGAAGAAGAAGACAGUUUUGGAACAUUAAAUAGCAUGCUUUGGUGGGAACGAACCCAAGGAGAAAGAGUUGUUUUCUGAUAUAUUCCAUGUAGCACACUUCAGCGUCUACAUUCUUCAGGCAUUGAAGAAUUAAGUUGGGAUUGACCACUUUCCUUCUUCCCGAGACUGUUUAUUGAUAUAUUUUCUCAGUCAAAAAGUGUUGGAGAUUUUUGCCUUUCCUAUCAGAAGACUGAAGAAUUGAUUUUGGCUUUCAAGAGACUUCCCAACAUUGAACUCAAUAGUUUUCUGAGGUGUGCUGGGGUCAGUGCAGCAACUCUGUUUUUUUUUUUAUUCGUUGAGCAGUAGCCAGUUUGUUUGUAGUCUUGUAUUCCAGUAAACUGCAGAAAUUAAUUUGUGCAUCAUGUCGUUUCAUUCCUGUUUGACCUAGCUCACAAUUUAUGGCAUGUUUUCACUCUCAGAGCCUAUUUGCAAGGGAUUCAUGCUCUUUCCUCAGAAUGGGUAUCAAAGUUGCACUCUUUGCUCCAUCACUCUCGAAAGGCUCACUGCAGGUACCACACAACCAGUUUUCUCAGCUGGAAGAGUUUGUUCAAUCCAAAAUUUGGAGCCUGGCUACAAUGGUGGCUGCAGAUGAACAUUUUAGCCCAGGAGUUUGUACUUCUAAAGCUAGGGUUAUGUUUUCUAAAUCAUUAAGACUGUUCAUAGCAGUUUUUCUGUCUUCUGAGCCAGUCACUUUGUAUUUUCCACAGGAAAGGGAUUGUCCAUUAUCUUGACGUUCCCUCAUUCUAAACAUUCUCACUUUUACAGCAAGAGGGAAGUUACAGCCAUUUUUUUCUCUUGUUCCCAAGAACCCCAUUGCAUUUCCUAAACGUUACACAAGCACUGAAGAUUAUCCUUCGCUUUCCUCAGCUCUUCAAAUGGUUUUCUUUUCUGUUCAUUAACAUUGGGACAAGGGAUGGUUAGACCUGUUUCAAAAAUCUCAUUUGCAUGGUAGCAGAAAACAUACUUUUCAGAGAAUUGGUAUACCCCUUGCCCUCAUCUUUCAUAUUCAGUUUUGCUUAUAUCCCACUGAUUUCAUGAAUAAUUUUUAUGUGAAUGUCAAAAUUGUUCUGAUUUUAAAACACAUUCAAUUUGCUGUACAAAAUCCUAAUAGUUAGAAUAAUAUAUUAGACUUUUAGUGGUAAAGUACUGUAGUAUUGUUGCUGCUAUUAUGUUAAAGUGCCUUGCUGGAACUUUGUUGCUUGUAAUAAAGCAUUCUAAAAUGUC